GGUACAUCCAGCUUUGAUCCAUUGGAGAUCGGAGAGUCACUGGCGCAUCCAGACAGGCCCACAGGCGAAUCGGGCCCAGAUGCUGGACCAGCGAUUGAUAGCUGCGACAUUGAGACUGAUCUUGCGGCCCUCCAGACCCAACCUUACGCGCGAGGAGGUCUUCAACUGGUUCCAGGCGCGACUCAACCGCCCGCCCGAGGCAUACGAUAUCUACAAGACUGCCAAGGAGUUCUACCAACUCGGAGCCUUCUCGCGCGCGCAGCUGUGCCUGCAGCAAUACGUCACGCUGCCCGGGGCCACGCUGCCUGGCCGGCAUCUGCUCGGGUACUGCUACCUCAACCUCGGCGAGUCCGAGCGUGCCCUGCGCGAGUUCAAAAAGUGCGUCAAAGAGGGCUACCACGACGACUGGCAGUUGGUGGUCGAGCUGACGAUCGAGAUCGAGGCCAAGCGGCGGCUGGAGAGCGACAUGACCAGCAGCAGGCUGAUGACGACAGAUGCAGUGUAGGGCUCUGUCCCGGUAGAUCAGCCGCGCACCAGGCACGAUGCCAAUACAUAACGAAAUCGCAC